CCGCUCUGCGCGCCCUCUACACAGUUCAUCCGCGCACUUACAGGAGAGUAUUAUUUACAGUGUGAGAAGCGAAUACGACGAGAAAAGACGCUUGAUUUAUGGGGAUGGAGGUGGACUGUAAACCAGAGGACCUGUCUAAGUGUUUGUAUGACGAGCACUGUGUGGAGCUGGGAGAGGUUAAAGACAUGAGGCUGGAGGCUGAGGCGGUGGUCAAUGAUGUGCUCUUUGCAGUCACAGAAAUGCACAUCUCUCAUAAUCUUACCAGUGGAGUGGAUGUGGCAUAUAUAAAUGUGGAAAUCAGAGAGGGAAACCGGUACUGCUUAGAGCUCACAGAGGCAGGUUUAAGGGUUGUUGGUCAUGCCUUUGGUCAGGUAGAGGAGGGUUUGAGCACCCAGUAUCAUGAGACUGUUUACUCACUGCUGGAUUCUCUGAGUCCGGGAUACAGAGAAGCAUUUGGAAAUGCUCUGCUACAGAGACUGGAGAGGCUCAAACAAAACGGACAGUGAGGAUCAUUCAGUAUCAUUCAGAACAUUUUUGCUUGCUAAUGGUCAAAUCAAGUUCUGUGAUGCCCUCAGCUUAUAGCAUCAGUGGUACCUUACCAUUUUCUGUUUUGAACCUUUCAUUUGUUUUAACAGGACUUCUAGGUGAUUCUUUGCCUAGGAUAUUUUAAGGAUUUUAUUCUAUUAUUUGGAGAGGUAUCAUUAGCGGCAGUGGUGAAAUAACAGGCCCAGAUUAAUACUCCAUAUAGUAUUCUCUUUUUAUUCUAAACAUUCAGCUAAAAAUACAGUUGCUAAUUCAAGUGAAAUAACCCUCUGAUAUAGCACUUUGUGCUGUUUUGGGGAUGUUGGGAAAAUGUUAAAUGUUAAAAGCCUUUAUGUUAACAUACAAGUCCACAGAUUUGAUCUUAACUGGGCUUAUUAAAAUAUUAGUUUUAAAACUCCAUACUACACAGCAUGGAUCAGUAUUAGCAUUUAAAAUAUAUCAGAUGCCUUGCUAAAGUUUUACCUGUCCACAGGAUAGUGGUUUUCAAAUUCUUAGUUAAGAUACAUCAUAUAUCUUCUAUUCCUCUUGCUUGCUAACUAAGAAUCAGGGUUCAAAACAAGUGCAAUUUACAGCAUUUGUGGCAUAAAGUUUAUUACCAUAAAAAAAAAAUAUAUAUAUAUAUAUUUUGACUUAGGAGAGAAAAAAAAAGCAAAAAUUGGCACUUACAGUGGGGCCAAUUCUUUGAGGGUUUAAAGGCAGAAAUGUGAACUUCUAAUUUUAUUACAUACAUUUUUCUGCUAAAACUCAUGGAUUAUUUGAGCUGGAAUUUGUUUAAAUCGCCAUUUUUUUCAGUGGUUUCAGGGUUUGUUUACAAAAAGUAGUAAAAUUGGCUAUAACUUUACACAGAAAAGGUUAGUACGUGAUUUUAUCACUCUAAAAUCAUAUUAACACGCAUUUUUUUAUGUCUUGUGGUGAAAUGUUUGAAACUAUGAGUAUUUUAACGUUAACAGUUUGGUCCCCAUUUACUUCCAUUGUAAGUGCCUCACUAGAGCCCACAUUUUUGCUAUUUUUAAAGAAAAGGAACAAGUCAAAAUACAUUUUUGUGGUAAUCAAUAUUAUGCCACAAAUGCUGUUGAUUGAGCUCAACUUGUUUUGAACCCAGAAUAUUGCUUUGUCAUAUCAAACUCUCUUUGUGAAUAUAAGAAAAUGCCUAAUCCAUAGUUUAAUUAAUUGCUUUCUUUCUCAAUCUGCCAAAAUCAGCAGAAAGGACUGAAGUGUCAAAUCAUGAUGGUGGCAUCCACUAUCAACCCCCUUCCAAAAUGUACUUUUUGGAAUUUUUAAUGAAAAAUACAGAAAAAAAGUGUUGACUUCUGUAGAACGUUUAGUAUGGACAUUUUGCUAAAUCUUUCCAUGCAAGUAUGUUAUAGAAGAAAUGCAUGUUUGUGUGGAACUCAGAACCCAUUUUUUUUAAACUGUUAUAUAUUUGCUAGAACAAACAUAUCACACCACAUGUAAAUUCAUUUUUUUUUUUUUUUUUUGUUGAUUAUUUUUCUUGUCAAAUGAUUUUAAGUUAUGUUGUGACUUUUAAUUUGACAUUUACAACACAAUAUGUAAUUCAGUAUAGUUUUUUUUUUUUUUUAAACCAUAUUUUAAGUUAUUUUUGUCUUUGGGACCAAAUAGUUAUGUAGUGACUUAAGCCCUUGAUUUGACGAAAUGUAUACAUUCUAUAUAUUGCACAGAAAUGCACAAAUGGAAAUAAGGUUGCCUUUUUUAUGACCUGUUUGAAAGGGCUGCUUAAAUUAUAAUAAAAGUUCCAAUACAUUUAUCUUUUGUGUCCCCACAAUUGAGUUGAGUGAAGAGAUAUUUCAAUCAUUAAUAGAAGUUCUUAAACAAUGAGCUUCUACCUCAUGUUGGAUUUUUGUUUUCUGUCUGUUAACUUGCCUGUGUUUCUGGUGUUUUUUCCAUAAGGCAGAGGAUAAUCAUAUGGUAUACUGAUAAUGGGGCCAAUGAACAGGAUCGGUUUUCUUCUCAUUUUAGCAAAUUCCUGUGAUGAUAAAUGGCCACAAACCUUCAAAUAAUUUCCUGAAAGUUUUAGACAACCAAAACAACAUAUGAAAGUGUGUUUAAUGAUGGCACAAAUACCUUCUUCUGUACCUGAAGAAAU